GCUUUGCCGUAACACACACACGUCUUCGUAAUAAUCCAAAAUGUCUUCGUUUAGCGUGUGUGUAUUAGUUUUGUGUGUCUUGUGCGUCAUCGCUGAAAGCAGAGUCAUUAAAACUAAAGAGUUCCCGUUACCACCAGAAGGACUUACUGUUGAGAUAUCAAUCAGAACUAAAUCGGCCAGCCACCCGAUCUCAACUGUCAAAGUCGACAUCGACGAGCAAUCUAAGAAAGUGACAGUGUCAAAAAUUCAUCAUCGAUUGAAAGGACGCAAGGUGCGGAAACAUAAAGCCAAAACGGAAGCAACAAUAUUAGAAAACCGGGGUGGUUUCCCGCAAGGCAAUUGUCCAGAUAUGUGGGAGUGGAAUUCGGGCAUGUGUAUACCCAUAGCCGACUACGAAUAACUGUGAUUAUAUUGGAAGUAUUGUGUAGAAUUUGAGCCAGAACAGUAUUAUUUUAAGCAGUUAUGUUAUUUAUUUAUACUUAAAUUAA